AUGGCCGUGCGCAUUGCCUGGCUGCGCGUCGGCGACCUGCGCUUGCGAGACAACCCCGCGCUGCACGCCGCAGCAGAAGGCGGCGCGAGGGUGGUGCCCGCCUUCGUGUGGUGCCCCGCCGAGGAGCGGCAGUUCACCUGCGCGGAGGAGGCUGCCAGCAGCGGCAGGGACUGGUCGUACGAGGGCACCGCGAUCCAGGCGCUCCUGCCGGCCGCCCUGCGCUCGCUCGACAGCGAGCUCCACAGGCGCUACGGCAACCGGCUGCGCAUCCUCUGCACGUCUGGCGAGGCGGGCGACUCCACGGGCGGGCGGCUGCUCCGGCUCGCGGCCGAGGUGGGCGCCGCGGCGGUGCACUUCAACCGCCGGGAGGAGCCCGCCGAGAGGCGGCGGGAGGGCGACCUGCAGCGCGAGGCGCGGGCGGCGGGCCUGCGCUGCGAGGCGCACGGCGCGUUCCUGUUCCGCGACCCGGAGCGCUGCCCCAUCCGGGAGCCGUGGGCAGAGGGAUGCACGUGUUCAAGGCGUUCUGGGACGGCUGGCACAAGGGCGGCGAGAUACGGCGCGCGCUGCCUGCUCCCAGGUCCUGCGCAGCGGCCGCGGGCUCGCGCUCGGGCGAGCCGUUCGCAGGCACCGCGGACCCCGUCUGGCCCUUCGAGGGGCCAGCGCCGGUGUCGCGCAUCACAGGGCGGCCGCUGCUGGAGGAUGCCGAGGCUCUCGCGGAGCACUGGGACCUGA